AUGCUCUCCCCGGACGCCCCAGAGCGUCGCGAUGCUCUCCCCGGACGCCCCAGAGCGUCGCUAUGCUCUCCCCGGACGCCCCAGAGCGUCGCGAUGCUCUCCCCGGACGCCCCAGAGCGUCGCGAUGCUCUCCCCGGACGCCCCAGAGCGUGGCGAUGCUCUCCCCGGACGCCCCAGAGCAUCGCGAUGCUCUCCCCGGACGCCCCAGAGCGUCGCGAUGCUCUCCCCGGACGCCCAAGAGCGUCGCGAUGCUCUCCCCGGACGCCCCAGAGCGUCGCGAUGCUCUCCCCAGCCGCCCGUGAGCGUCGCGAUGCUCUCCCCGGACGCCCCAGAGCGUCGCGAUGCUCUCCCCGGACGCCCCAGAGCGUCGCGACGCUCUCCCCGGACGCCCUAGAGCGUCGCGAUGCUCUCCCCGGACGCCCCAGAGCGUCGCGAUGCUCUCCCCGGACGCCCCAGAGCGUCGCGAUGCUCUCCUCGGACGCCCCAGAGCGUCGCGAUGCUCUCCCCGGACGCCCCAGAGCGUCGCGAUGCUCUCCCCGGACGCCCCAGAGCGUCGCGAUGCUCUCCCCGGACGCCCCAGAGCGUCGCUAUGCUCUCCCCGGACGCCCCAGAGCAUCGCGAUGCUCUCCCCGGACGCCCCAGAGCGUGGUGAUGCUCUCCCCGGACGCCCCAGAGCGUGGCGAUGCUCUCCCCGGACGCCCCAGAGCGUCGCGAUGCUCUCCCCGGACGCCCAAGAGCGUCGCGAUGCUCUUCCCAGCCGCCCCAGAGCGGACGCCCCAGAGCGUCGCGAUGCUCUUCCCAGCCGCCCCAGAGCGGACGCCCCAGAGCGUCGCAAUGCUCUCCUCGGACGCCCCAAAACGUCGCGAUGCUCUCCCCGGACGCCCCAGAGCGUCGCGAUGCUCUCCCCGGACGCCCCAGAGCGUCGCGAUGCUCUCCCCGGACGCCCCAGAGCGUCGCUAUACCCUCCCCGGACGCCCCAGAGCGUCGCGAUGCUCUUCCGGACGCCCCAGAGCGUCGCGAUGCUCUCCCCGGACGCCCCAGAGCGUCGCGAUGCUCUCCCCGGACGCCCCAGAGCGUCGCGAUGCUCUCCCCGGACGCCCUAGAGCGUCGCGAUGCUCUCCCCGGACGCCCCAGAGCGUCGCGAUGCUCUCCCCGGACGCCCCAGAGCGUCGCGAUGCUCUCCUCGGGCGCCCCAGAGCGUCGCGAUGCUCUCCCCGGACGCCCCAGAGCGUCGCGAUGCUCUCCCCGGACGCCCCAAAACGUCGCGAUGCUCUCCCCGGACGCCCCAGAGCGUCGCGAUGCUCUCCCCGGACGCCCCAGAGCGUCGCGAUGCUCUCCUCGGACGCCCCAGAGCGUCCCUAUGCUCUCCCCGGACGCCCCAGAGCGUCGCGAUGCUCUCCCGGACGCCCCAGAGCGUCGCGAUGCUCUCCCGGACGCCCCAGAGCGUCGCGAUGCUCUCCCCGGACGCCCCAGAGCGUCGCGAUGCUCUCCUCGGACGCCCCAGAGCGUCGCUAUGCUCUCCCCGGACGCCCCAGAGCGUCUCGAUGCUCUCCCGGACGCCCCAGAGCGUCGCGAUGCUCUCCCCGGACGCCCCAGAGCGUCGCGAUGCUCUCCCCGGCCGCCCCAGAGCGUCGCGAUGCUCUCCCUGGACGCCCCAGAGCGUCGCGAUGCUCUCCCCAGACGCCCCAGAGCGUCGCGAUGCUCUCCCCGGACGCCCCAGAGCGUCGCGAUGCUCUCCCCGGACGCCCCAGAGCGUCGCGAUGCUCUCCCCGGACGCCCCAGAGCGUCGCGAUGCUCUCCCCGGACGCCCCAGAGCGUCGCUAUGCUCUCCCCGGACACCCCAGAGCGUCGCGAUGCUCUCCCCGGACGCCCCAGAGCGUCGCGAUGCUCUCCCCGGACGCCCCAGAGCGUGGCGAUGCUCUCCCCGGACGCCCCAGAGCAUCGCGAUGCUCUCCCCGGACGCCCCAGAGCGUCGCGAUGCUCUCCCCGGACGCCCCAGAGCGUCGCGAUGCUCUUCCCAGCCGCCCCAGAGCGGACGCCCCAGAGCGUCGCGAUGCUCUCCCUGGACGCCCCAGAGCGUCGCGAUGCUCUCCCCGGACGCCCCAGAGCGUCGCGAUGCUCUCCCCGGACGCCCCAGAGCGUCGCGAUGCUCUCCCCGGACGCCUCAGAGCGUCGCUAUGCUCUCCCCGGACGCCCCAGAGCGUCGCGAUGCUCUUCCCAGCCGCCCCAGAGCGGACGCCCCAGAGCGUCGCGAUGCUCUUCCCAGCCGCCCCAGAGCGGACGCCCCAGAGCGUCGCAAUGCUCUCCUCGGACGCCCCAAAACGUCGCGAUGCUCUCCCCGGACGCCCCAGAGCGUCGCGAUGCUCUCCCCGGACGCCCCAGCGCGUCGCGAUGCUCUCCCCGGACGCCCCAGAGCGUCGCUAUGCUCUCCCCGGACGCCCCAGAGCGUCGCGAUGCUCUCCCGGACGCCCCAGAGCGUCGCGAUGCUCUCCCCGGACGCCCCAGAGCGUCGCGAUGCUCUCCCCGGACGCCCCAGAGCGUCGCGAUGCUCUCCCCGGACGCCCUAGAGCGUCGCGAUGCUCUCCCCGGACGCCCCAGAGCGUCGCGAUGCUCUCCCCGGACGCCCCAGAGCGUCGCGAUGCUCUCCUCGGACGCCCCAGAGCGUCGCGAUGCUCUCCCCAGACGCCCCAGAGCGUCGCGAUGCUCUCCCCGGACGCCCCAGAGCGUCGCCAUGCUCUCCUCGGACGCCCCAAAACGUCGCGAUGCUCUCCCCGGACGCCCCAGAGCGUCGCGAUGCUCUCCCUGGACGCCCCAGAGCGUCGCGAUGCUCUCCCCGGACGCCCCAGAGCGUCGCGAUGCUCUCCCCGGACGCCCCAGAGCGUCGCGAUGCUCUCCCUGGACGCCCCAGCGCGUCGCGAUGCUCUCACCGGACGCCCCAGAGCGUCGCAAUGCUCUCCUCGGACGCCCCAAAACGUCGCGAUGCUCUCCCCGGACGCCCCAGAGCGUCGCGAUGCUCUCCCCGGACGCCCCAGAGCAGCGUCGCGAUGCUCUCCCCGGACGCCCCAGAGCGUCGCGAUGCUCUCCUCGGACGCCCCAGAGCCUUGCGAUGCUCUCCCCGGACGCCCUAGAGCGUCGCAAUGCUCUCCUCGGACGCCCCAAAACGUCGCGAUGCUCUCCCCGGACGCCCCAGAGCGUCGCGAUGCUCUCCCCGGACGCCCCAGAGCGUCGCAAUGCUCUCCUCGGACGCCCCAAAACGUCGCGAUGCUCUCCCCGGACGCCCCAGAGCGUCGCGAUGCUCUCCCCGGACGCCCCAGAGCGUCGCGAUGCUCUCCCCUGACGCUCCAGAGCGUCGCUAUGCUCUCCCCGGACGCCCCAGAGCGUCGCGAUGCUCUCCCGGACGCCCCAGAGCGUCGCGAUGCUCUCCCCGGACGCCCCAGAGCGUCGCGAUGCUCUCCUCGGACGCCCCAGAGCCUUGCGAUGCUCUCCCCGGACGCCCUAGAGCGUCGCGAUGCUCUCCUCGGACGCCCCCAGAGCGUCGCGAUGCUCUCCCCGGACGCCCCAGAGCGUCGCGAUGCUCUCCCCGGACGCCCCAGAGCGUCGCUAUGCUCUCCCCGGACGCCCCAGAGCGUCGCGAUGCUCUCCCCGGACGCCCCAGAGCGUCGCGAUGCUCUCCCCGGACGCCCCAGAGCGUGGCGAUGCUCUCCCCGGACGCCCCAGAGCAUCGCGAUGCUCUCCCCGGACGCCCCAGAGCGUCGCGAUGCUCUCCCCGGACGCCCAAGAGCGUCGCGAUGCUCUCCCCGGACGCCCCAGAGCGUCGCGAUGCUCUCCCCAGCCGCCCGUGAGCGUCGCGAUGCUCUCCCCGGACGCCCCAGAGCGUCGCGAUGCUCUCCCCGGACGCCCCAGAGCGUCGCGAAGCUCUCCCCGGACGCCCUAGAGCGUCGCGAUGCUCUCCCCGGACGCCCCAGAGCGUCGCGAUGCUCUCCCCGGACGCCCCAGAGCGUCGCGAUGCUCUCCUCGGACGCCCCAGAGCGUCGCGAUGCUCUCCCCGGACGCCCCAGAGCGUCGCGAUGCUCUCCCCGGACGCCCCAGAGCGUCGCUAUGCUCUCCCCGGACGCCCCAGAGCAUCGCGAUGCUCUCCCCGGACGCCCCAGAGCGUCGCGAUGCUCUCCCCGGACGCCCCAGAGCGUGGUGAUGCUCUCCCCGGACGCCCCAGAGCAUCGCGAUGCUCUCCCCGGACGCCCCAGAGCGUCGCGAUGCUCUCCCCGGACGCCCAAGAGCGUCGCGAUGCUCUUCCCAGCCGCCCCAGAGCGGACGCCCCAGAGCGUCGCGAUGCUCUUCCCAGCCGCCCCAGAGCGGACGCCCCAGAGCGUCGCAAUGCUCUCCUCGGACGCCCCAAAACGUCGCGAUGCUCUCCCCGGACGCCCCAGAGCGUCGCGAUGCUCUCCCCGGACGCCCCAGAGCGUCGCGAUGCUCUCCCCGGACGCCCCAGAGCGUCGCGAUGCUCUCCCCGGACGCCCUAGAGCGUCGCGAUGCUCUCCCCGGACGCCCCAGAGCGUCGCGAUGCUCUCCCCGGACGCCCCAGAGCGUCGCGAUGCUCUCCUCGGGCGCCCCAGAGCGUCGCGAUGCUCUCCCCGGACGCCCCAGAGCGUCGCGAUGCUCUCCCCGGACGCCCCAAAACGUCGCGAUGCUCUCCCCGGACGCCCCAGAGCGUCGCGAUGCUCUCCCCGGACGCCCCAGAGCGUCGCGAUGCUCUCCUCGGACGCCCCCAGAGCGUCGCUAUGCUCUCCCCGGACGCCCCAGAGCGUCGCGAUGCUCUCCCGGACGCCCCAGAGUGUCGCGAUGCUCUCCCGGACGCCCCAGAGCGUCGCGAUGCUCUCCCCGGACGCCCCAGAGCGUCGCGAUGCUCUCCUUGGACGCCCCAGAGCGUCGCUAUGCUCUCCCCGGACGCCCCAGAGCGUCUCGAUGCUCUCCCGGACGCCCCAGAGCGUCGCGAUGCUCUCCCCGGACGCCCCAGAGCGUCGCGAUGCUCUCCCCGGCCGCCCCAGAGCGUCGCGAUGCUCUCCCUGGACGCCCCAGAGCGUCGCGAUGCUCUCCCCAGACGCCCUAGAGCGUCGCGAUGCUCUCCCCGGACGCCCCAGAGCGUCGCGAUGCUCUCCCCGGACGCCCCAGAGCGUCGCGAUGCUCUCCCCGGACGCCCCAGAGCGUCGCGAUGCUCUCCCCGGACGCCCCAGAGCGUCGCUAUGCUCUCCCCGGACACCCCAGAGCGUCGCGAUGCUCUCCCCGGACGCCCCAGAGCGUCGCGAUGCUCUCCCCGGACGCCCCAGAGCGUGGCGAUGCUCUCCCCGGACGCCCCAGAGCAUCGCGAUGCUCUCCCCGGACGCCCCAGAGCGUCGCGAUGCUCUCCCCGGACGCCCCAGAGCGUCGCGAUGCUCUUCCCAGCCGCCCCAGAGCGGACGCCCCAGAGCGUCGCGAUGCUCUCCCUGGACGCCCCAGAGCGUCGCGAUGCUCUCCCCGGACGCCCCAGAGCGUCGCGAUGCUCUCCCCAAACGCCCCAGAGCGUCGCGAUGCUCUCCCCGGACGCCCCAGAGCGUCGCGAUGCUCUCCCUGGACGCCCCAGAGCGUCGCGAUGCUCUCCCUGGACGCCCCAGAGCGUCGCGAUGCUCUCCCCGGACGCCCCAGAGCGUCGCGAUGCUCUCCCCGGACGCCCCAGAGCGUCGCGAUGCUCUCCUCGGACGCCCCAGAGCGUCGCGAUGCUCUCCUCGGACGCCCCAGAGCGUCGCUAUGCUCUCCCCGGACGCCCCAGAGCGUCGCGAUGCUCUCCCCGGACGCCCCAGAGCAUCGCGAUGCUCUCACCGGACGCCCCAGAGCGUCGCGAUGCUCUCCCUGGACGCCCCAGAGCGUCGCGAUGCUCUCCCCGGACGCCCUAGAGCAUCGCAAUACUCUCCCCGGACGCCCCAGAGCGUCGCGAUGCUCUCCCCGGACGCCCCAGACCGUCGCGAUGCUCUCCCCAGCCGCCCCAGAGCGUCGCGAAGCUCUCCCCGGACGCCCUAG